UUAUUAGACAACUCAAUUGAAGUCCUAGAGGAGGACCUCAAGUCUCCUCCACCAGCACACCCCCUGCUUAUUCGGCAUCGCGUGGCCAGCGAAAGCUCUUCCUCUCUUGUAGGUGACAGUGCAGCUGUUGCUGCCGGAUACCUUGGUGUAUACAGAGGGGGUGGCUGCUCACCUAAUACGACCCAACCACCCGACUCUCCUGGACCGUUCCAUUCUGCUGCCACCAGUUCCGUGACUUCUGUUAUUAGUGCUGGGUGUGAAGAAGAAUUCUCAUUGUCCGACUCAAGUCCAUUUGAUUGGGCAACUGGAGCUUCGGAUCGAGAGCAUGAGCUGGAGCCUGAUGGACCUUUGCUAUUACAUUCACACCAGCAACUUCAGCAUCAUCCAUACUCGCCAAUUAGGUUUGCCAGAGCCAGAAAGCGGGAAAUUCGGCUGCACGGGGCCUCGUCACCAACGGGUACAUUUUCGCCUCCUCUAAGUCCUUCCUCUGCUGGCCUCGCCUGCUCGUUUUCCUCACCAUGGACCGUUUCUUCUAGUCCUUUGGCAAGGGAACGCCUCAACGACAAUGCCUCUGGUUCCUGUUCACUCCGGGAGUUUUCUAGAACUACGGCUAUGGGUGGAGGGGGAAGCGGUGGAGUCACUUGUGCUAGGGGGCCAAAUCAACUUGUACUACGAUCAGCUUAUCAUCCACUUGAAGUGGGCGUUCCACGUUUGCCUUUUGCUAGUCCAUUCACAAUGGCUUCAAGCCUUUCUGGCUCCCGGAACCUAUUCAAUUUGCGCACUGGCUUGCCACUUCAAUCAUCGCCAACUUAA